AUGAAAAGGCUGCAACUCCAACGAUGGAGCAGCUCGGCCCUAUCGUCGCGGGCUAGAACUGAUGGCCGAUUGCAGCGACAACUCUGCUCAAGCAAGAGGUUUCAGUCGACCGACGCGACGCCUGUACAGCCUGCAAGUGAACAGUUGGCCGAACAGCAGUCGUUCCCCUCCACAACCAUUCGUCGCCCCGUCAGAGUCUCGAAAUACAAACUCCCUUCACCACCAGUUCAGGCCGCACACGAGUCUGCAAAACUCGCCGCUCUUCAUGCACGACUCUAUCUUCCCUCGCGAUUACCGCUCGAAACACUAGCGCGGUGUUUAAUCAACCCCUCUGCAGACCGAAAUCCUCAGUUCAACAACUCAUCAUUCUCCGUACUCGGCCAUGACCUCCUGACCAAUUACGCAACCGAACACCUCAUUUGCACAUAUCCGCGACUACCCCUGUCGGUUGUCUUUGCGACACUUUAUGCUUACGUCGGACCCAAAACGCUUGCUGCGAUGGCCAGGGAAUGGGGUGUGGAACAUGCUGCCCUUCCCGGCGGCGAGGUAGAUCCCGGCCUCCUUCAAUACAAGAGAGUGGAUCCGGGUACGGAUUUGUCUACGGAGCCUCUCGUUGGGACUACAAGGCCCAACGAAGACCAGAAACAUUGGCGGAAAUCCAUCAACUCGAGCGUUGUCUAUGACAAUGAAUUUGGGGAUCCAGAUCUGGCAGGCGUACCGCCUUCCGAGUUACAGCCUGAACAAGCGCAGAACACCAAGCCGGUAACCAUGGAACAAGCCAGCGCGGAUUUCGUGCGGUCUGUAAUGGGCGCAAUCUAUCUCCACGCCGGCCGAGCGGCCGCCAAGCGGUUCUUCGAACAGCACAUCCUCUCCCGACACCUCGACAUCUCCAGUCUGUUCAACUUCUCUGAGCCUACCCGUGACUUGGUUCGACUCUGUGCGCGUGAAAACUAUGAGCCUCCGGUUGCCAAGAUCAUUAGCGAAACAGGUCGCCGAAGCAGAACCCCCGUCUUCGUUGUGGGAAUCUUCUCUGGUAAGGAUAAGUUGGGCGAGGGCGCAGGCGCCAGUUUACCUGAGGCUCGGGCGAGAGCUGCCGUAGCCGCUCUUAAGGGGUGGUAUCUUUACAGCCCGGUGGAAGUGCGCGUACCCAGCACUAUGGAGGAGGAAGGCGCUGCUCCUUGGAAGCCAGUUUACGUGGAUUUGGGUGAGGUGGUUUCCUAG